AUGGAUAAUUUGUUAAAUGAAGCAUUCCAAUUUGAUGUUGAUACUUAUGCAACAUUGAUUGAUAAUCAAGUACAAAUUGAAUGUGCUGGUCAAAGAAAUUAUUCAGGAAGAGUUUAUACAGUCGAUCCAUUGACACAAAGCAUUGUCUUGAUCGAUGAUACGUCAAAUCGUGUUCAUAUCGUUCUACGACCUGAUAUUAUUCAAUUGAAAAUUCUCGAUCGAAAUAUUUCUCAUCAAGCAAAUAAAGAUCCUUUUUUACCUUCGAAUUCAACAACAGAUAAUCAAGAUGAAUCUAUUUGUGAUCGUUUAGGAAAAAUUCGUAAAUUUCUUUCAUCAAAACGAAUACCAUUUCAAGAAAAAGUCGAAGAAAAUAAUUCUAUAACAAUUUUAAUACAAAAUGGUAUUGUUCAAAUAAAUGCUCCAUAUACAUAUGAGAAUAUUUUAGGAACAAAUGAAAUUGUUCUAUCACGUAUUAAAUUAUUACUUAAACAAAUUAUUAAUUAA